CACUCUUUGAAUAAUCAUAAUGCCUUCCGCUGCCGCUAACGGUCUUACCCGCACUAUCUACAACACCAUCUUCAAGAAGAACUCUGUCUUCGUCACCUCCAUCUUUGUUGGUGCCAUUGGCUUCGAAAUGGCCUUUGAUACCGUCAGUGACAAGGUCUGGGACAAUGUGAACAAGGGCAAGCAGUGGAAGGAUAUCAAGGACAAGUACGAGCAGUAAAGAAGAGUAGGAAGAUGACUACAACGACGACGACAAAGAAGAAGAAAAAGACAAUUAAAACGGUCAGAAAGACGGACAGACAGUCGCAUCACUCCUCUAUCUAUCUCUCUACAUCUACCUCUCUCGCACUAUCCUUGUAUCGCCAAUAAAAAAAAACGCACCAUUUUUUUGUAGACGC